CUGGUGGCUCCGCGCUGGGUGGUGACGGCGGCGCACUGCACCACACCUGGGGUGACCACGGUGGCCCUGGGCAAGCACCGGCUGUACGCGCGCGAGGCGGGCGAGCAGCGCCGCAUGGUGGCCCGCAUGGUGGCCCACCCGGGCUACGACCCGUCCACCAAGGACAACGACAUCAUGCUGCUGAAGCUGCUGGCCCCCGCCGCCAUCUCCGACCGCGUCCGGCCCAUCCCGGUGGCCUCGUGCCUGCCCCGGCCCGGCACCGCCUGCGUCACCUCGGGCUGGGGCGCCACCACCUCGCCUGAAGUGACGUACCCCGAGGUGCUGCAGUGCGUCAACGUCACGCUCUUCUCCCCGGCCGAGUGUCGCCGCUUCUACCCCGGCUCCAUCACCGACAACAUGAUCUGCGCCGGGCACCUGCAGGGCGGCCGGGACUCCUGCCAGGGCGACUCCGGCGGCCCCCUGGUGUGCGAGGGCGCCUUGCAGGGCAUCGUCUCGUGGGGGAUGGAGCGCUGCGGGCAGCCGCGGCGCCCCGGCGUCUACACCAAGGUGUGCCGCUACGCCCGCUGGAUCCACGAGACCAUGGAGGACACCUGAGGAGGCGCCGGCCACGGCGCCGCGCUCCCAGCGGACAUUAAAGAUGUG